AUGAUAGAUGGGGGGGUAAAAAAAAAAUCACCAUUACCAACAAAAACCACCCAGUCCUCAGCCGGGCGUGAAGAGCGAGUCCGGAUCGGGAGAGAGUCGCGGAGCGUACCCCCACCUCCACCCCCGCGGGGUCCGGAGCGCCGCUCAGGCGGACAGGUCCUGACAUCGGGGCGGGCUCGCAGCGGCCCUGUUAGCGGCGCAAAAAGUCAGGGGCAGACUCUAACAACAAAGGGGCCCAGCAACGGAAAGCACGGCUGCCCCUCGGCCUUUGCCAGGCGUUGUCCUCGGCGAUGGUGGAGGGACGCGGUUCUGAAGUCUGAAAAUGGUCCUUUCUGGCACCCGCGCCAUGGACCUAAUGUGAGUGAAGUUUCUUGCAAGAAACGGGAUGACUAUUUGGAAUGGCCUGAGUAUUUCAUGGCAGUAGCUUUCUUAUCAGCCCAGAGAAGCAAAGAUCCAAAUUCCCAGGUUGGAGCCUGCAUUGUGAAUGCAGAAAACAAGAUUGUUGGAAUCGGCUACAAUGGAAUGCCAAAUGGGUGCAGCGAUGACCUGUUGCCUUGGAGGAGGACAGCGGAGAAUAAGCUGGAUACCAAAUACCCUUAUGUGUGUCAUGCUGAGCUGAAUGCCAUCAUGAACAAGAAUUCGGCUGAUGUGAAGGGCUGUAGCAUGUAUGUCGCCUUGUUCCCAUGUAAUGAAUGUGCUAAGCUCAUCAUCCAGGCAGGUAUAAAAGAAGUUAUUUUCAUGUCUGAUAAAUACCAUGACAGUGACGAGACAACAGCUGCGAGGCUCAUGUUUGAAAUGGCUGGGGUUACAUUCAGGAAAUUCACACCCAGGUGCAACAAGAUUGUCAUUGACUUUGAUUCAAUUAACAGCCAACCAAGUCAGAAGCCUCAGUGAGUUCGAUCUCAUUAAAUCUACAGAAGUUUGGGACUCUCCUCUUCUAAGAAGCUGCUCGUGCCUUUCAUCUUGAAGUCCCACAUAACUUUUUAAUAGCCAGGCCAGCACAAGUAGGUAUCUAAAGAAUAUAAAGCCUCAAAUCUCCCUUACUGUCCCUCCUGUCACAUGGAACCUACGUCUGUUUAAACUUGAUUUAGGGUUGGAAAUAAGGGAAGCUAUAGAUGGCCUGUCACAUCAGGUUGGAGUAAGGGUGUCUUCUCCCUUGUGACCUCAUUCACCAGGAUCCUAGUUGUUUACAGAAGAGUGUUAGCUCUCUGUCAUCUGCUGCAUUUCAGCAGCCACUUCUCUGUAUGCUGGAAGAACACAUAAAUAAAUGUUUGUGUUCUUAGCAGGUAUGGCAGCCACGCUGAUGUGCACAUCUGGCCCAAAUGAAGCAUAACAUGUAGUGCCCUUGGGAAGAAAAAAAAAAAAAAAAAAAAAAAAAG